GCUGCAUGACGUCGGACGGAGGCCGGCCGGGGCCCUCCCGGCGCGACGCGGUUGCCAUGGAGCGUCCCCACGGUUACCGCGGCGGCCGCGGGGAAGAUGGCGCCGCCGCGCUGCCUGUGCGCCAUCUGCACCUGCGGGCGCCAUCGCUGCCCUCAUAAUCCCACAACGAUUUAUGAUAAUCGACAACAGCCGUGCCUCACAACAGAGUAUGUGGAAAAAUAUCCCAAGUAUAGCAACAUCUCUCCUGCCCGGAGCCUUAAGCCAAAACAAGAGUACCAAGUGCAUCGUGGGAAAAUGGAAGGAAUUACGACAUUUAAGUCUGAUUAUUUGCCAUAUGAUACCGUGAGACGACCUUUUCGUGUACAAGAAGAGUAUAAACCAAAGACUGGAGAGAGAGAACUGGGAACCACAUACCAGAAAGAUUAUAAUGCUCAUAAAAUACAACCAGCGCCAUUAGUAAGACCUUUAGAGAGAAAACACACUAUGGGAGGAAAAUUGGAUACCAUACCAACAUAUCAAGAUGACUAUAGGUCAUGGGAGGUUCAAAGAAGGGAACCUAGUAAGGUGGACCAUAUAUACCAUCCACCUACAGAGAAGUUUGGAAAUUCUACUACAUUUCAAGAUGACUUUGCUCCUAGGGAACUGAAUCCCAGACAAAGUUAUAAACCUCCAUGCAUGGCCAAACUUUCAGAUGUGCCUUUUGAUAGUACUACGAGCCAUCGCACUUCUUAUAUUGCUCAUCAACUGGCACCAAAAUUUGUGAAAUUGAAAGAAGAGUACAGGCCAAACAACCAACCCUUUGAAGAUCUCACAACCCACCGGAGUGAUUUUAAAGGGCUAGCUGGGCCACUCGCUAAAAGCUGCAAGCCUGAAAAUGCAAAAGUCAUAUCCAAUGCUCAUUUUAAUGGAGUCACUGAAUUCCAGGAUCGUUUUCAGCCAUGGUUGGUCUCCUUGCCUGAGGUCCGCAAAACAAAAGAGUACAUUCCUCCCCCAGGUAGCAUGGAUUUUAACUCCACAAGCCAUCUUGAUUAUGUAAAACAUGAGAUUUCUCCUGCUGUCCCCAUACGACCCAUUUCUAAUGCAAGAAUAACCAAUGCUCCCUUCCAAGGGAAUACUACUAUGAAGGAAGACUUUAAAGCUUGGGACAUCUGUCAACAAGAAAUUAUUAAGAAACAACAGGAAAUUCCGAAACCCACAGGGAAAUUCUAUGAUUUAACUACAUUCAAAUCUCAUUACAUACCACAUCAGAUCAUUCCAGCGCAAAGUUUCAAACCUGUACAGGUUAUUCUUCCUAAUCCAGCCCAUUUUCAAGAUGAAACCAUGUAUCGCACAGAAUAUACUCCAAAGAAACAGGAGAUGUGCCCAGCAAAUUAUCCAUCUCCUCCAGGUUAUGUCUAUGUAAAUACAGAUUCUCAUGGUCAUAAAUUUUUCCGCCAGCUUACGCCUGAAUUUUGUGAGUUAAAUAGUAAUCAAAUUCCAAAGGAAGUAGCUGUUGUGUCGUAAUACUUAAAUGUAAUAUUCUGAACAUCCUGGUGAAACAACUGAGAUCUUUAGUUCUUUUUCUUUAAAUCACAUUAAAAGGGAAUUAAAUAAUGCAAAUUUUGAUUUUAAAAGCAUUUACGCUGAUAGUUUAAUAAAAAUCAAAGGAAAAACAAAAGUUUACUAGAAGACUUAAAGAUUUGCCUGGUUUUGUAGGAAUGAUCUUAUAUGGAAUCUACCCUUUUUUGACUGUGCAUUCUAAUUUCCUUGACUUCCCAGAUUUAAUCAUGUUCCAUCUCAACAUGCUUAUAUGUUUUUUUCUGAUCUCCUGCGAAUCAAAUGAUUGUUUUUGCAAAAUAGCAAAGCUUUUGAUAAAAGGUUGGUUUUUUUUUUCAUAGUAAGCAAAUAAAGCCAUAAUGCUAACUAAUUCAUCCCAGUCUUUCAUCUCAUUAAGACUUUGAGUAAUCUGAUACAAGUUUGUUUUUUUCUUUACCUUUUUUUUGGUCCAAAUUAUAUUAUGAGAUAGCAUUUUAUGCCACCUAGGCAUUUCUAAAAACCUGGGUUUUGUUCUGUCAUUGUUACUUUUCUUCCACCUGGUUCAGAGUAUAAAGGUCACAUUGUAAUUUCUGAUAGCAAUUAACAAAAAGUAACCCUGCUCUUUCUGUACAUAUACAUGAAAUCACUUUGACAUACAUCAGGUCUAUAAACUCCAACCCCUAAUUUGCCAGAUACAAAGCUUUGGACACGCUAAAUGUGUCUCCUUCCCUAGUAAUUUUUAAACCUGGUGUGCAAAUUAAAUCAAAUUUCUCGAAGAGAUUUCACAGAUGGCUGUUUUUGAAGUUAUAAUGCAGAUGGUCAGAAAGAAAGGAGAAUAAGGCUCAAAAACUUAACACCCAUCCACAACAAUUUUUGAUCCUGCUACCUCAUUUGUAAAGCUAAACAGCCUUUUAUCACUGCCAAAGUUCAUUGCAGAGGCAGUCUAAAGAAAAAAUGGCAAAAAAACUAAAAAGUUGUAUGUAGAAAAACAAAAAAUAAUGUAAAAGUUAAAACAAACAAAGUCAACUGAGAUGCACCACCAAGAGCCUGGCUUCAGACUGUCUGCUCUUCAAAAAUUACUUGUGAUGAAUAUGAAGGAAACAAAAUUUUAAUAGAAAUUGUAUACAUAAUGAUUAUGUUUCUGUAUAAACUAUUUAGAGUUUUCUCCUUAUGUCUUUACCUGGUUUUGGUAAAUCUAGAUGAACUGAUUUCAGUCCUGUUAUAUUCAUGAGUUAAGCAAGUCCCAAUAAAUACUUUUGUGAUUAACAGUAUUUAUCAUUUGCUAUCACAGUACUGCAGUAUGACUUUUUUCAGUAUUGCACAUCUUGUAUAGGUAUAGGAAAAUCAUUUGGGUUCUGAAUAAUUAUGUACUAGUAUUUCAUAAACCAAAUCACCCAUGAGUGGACUAAGAUCAGUGAUGGAAAGAUGUUGAAAGCAGGAACUGGAUUGUACACAAGGAAAAAACCUGAACUGAACAUAUUAGCUGCGUGUAAAGCAUUGCAUGACAAAGCUCCAGACAGUAUUAGAGCAUUGGUUAUUUUUAGGUAAUUUCUCUCUUUGUACU